AUGCAGGAGAACGUGGCCAAGCUCUACCCAAACCCGGAGACGUCCGCCAAGGUAUUGGACUACUCCAUCUCCAAGUCGACUAACCUGCCGGACUGGCUUCUCAACACCUAUGAGGCACAAGCGCUGGUCUUCCUGUCGAGGCUGGUGGGCGCGAAGCGAGUUCUUGAGAUUGGAGUCUACAUAGGCUUCAGCGCCAUGGCCUGGUCUCAUGGGGUGGGCAAGGACGGGCAGGUGGUCGGGCUGGAGCUCAGCGAGAAGUACGCCCGCAUGGCGGGCAAGGCCUUCAAGGACAACGGCGUCGAGAAUGUCGACAUCAAGAUCGGCGACGCAGUGGAAUCCCUCGCCUCCCUAGAGUCAUCAGAGCCCUUCGACCUGAUCUUCCUCGACGCGAACAAGGACGCCUACCCCAAGUACCUGGAGCUGAUCCUGUCAAAGUCAGCGCCAGGCAGCCCCCCGGGGCGCCGGCUCCUCAAGGCCGGCGGGCUCAUCGUGGCAGACAAUGUGCUGCAGCAGGCCACCGUCGCCGACCCCACGCCGUCGAACCCGAACUACGUGGAAGGUGUGGCGCACUUCGGCGAGCAGCGCGUCCGGGAGCUUAACGCGGCGCUGCACGAGUUCAACGACAAGCUCGUGGCCGAGCCGCGGCUCGAGGCGUUCCUCGUGCCGCUGUUCGACGGGCUGGGCUUGGCUAGGUUGCUUGACUGA